GACCACAAGCCGGGCCUCUUCCCGCCCACCGAGUUUGGAGCGCAGCGGUUCUCAUCAAACCCUCGCCCUUUCCUGUCCUACCUCAGCUAUAAAUAAAAGCAUCUUCUCCUAAACAUGGCUUCCAAAAUAUGCUCCUCCGGCUUCGACGCGGGUAUGACCUUCGCCAAUCGCACCCUACGAUCACUCUCUCAACUCUCCCAACCCAGUUCACCGAUCGAAAGCCCGGGCUCCCCCUCAACACCGCUUAUUCCUGCCACACCGACUAAUACGCCCUCCACAAAUUUAAAUUCUCCCACAGCUGGCGCUGUCUCGCCCGUUUGUCUCGCAUCGGCCAACUCCCCUGCAAGCCCUUCAACCAGUGUUGGUAGCCCCCUCACCCUCACCGUCCCCACAAACACCCCCGCUAGCAACCUAGACAGCGGGCUGGUGAGCCCAGAAGGUGGCGUAGGUCUUGGAGCGCACCCACCGGUAUUUCUUGAAGCACAUCACUUCGAGUCUCCCUUGCUUUCGCCAAGCGUUCCACCGAACUCGCCGGAAUCUUGGCCGUUCCAAGAAAGCAUCAAGGGCAACAUGGCGACCGAACUCCACGAGGAGAUUCAUGCGAGCCUUAGCGAUAGGCUGGCAGGGCUUACACUGGCCUCUCAUAAACCGGAUGGGUUUACCAAGGAUGACGUAGAGAAGCUCGGGAGUGCCAUACCGAAAUCGCCAGGUGCGUUGUACAAUGCCGAAGACUAGAAAGAGAAUGCGUCACCUUAGAGAAGUGACUGACAAUUGAAUAAAUAGACAAUGGUUUCUAUGAGAUCCGUGUAGUUCCAGAAAAGGGCUUCGGCUGCUUCGCGAUCAAUCCGAUCAAGCGCGGGACCCGUAUCCUCGCUGAUUCACCUCUUCUCAUCGUCCCGAUCGCAGAGUACUUCCAAACAGACAUCCAGGC